AUGCAGGCCUACCAGCGGCGCGCCAUGUGCAAGCUGUCUGUCUCCCUGUUCAACCACGUCCUGUUCCAGGACUCCACCUUCUACCACGACAUCUCCACCUCGGAGCUGGUCAGUCGUACCGCGGUGGACAUGCAGAACAUCCGGGUGCUCGUGGGGUACCUGGUGCAGAAGCUGGUGCAGGGCCUGGCCCAGCUGAUCGGCGGCGUGGCCCUGCUGGCCGCCUUUGCCACGGGGCCUGUGCUGAGCAACGGCUUUGGAGCCGCUCUGGGGGCGGCGGUGGGUGUCAGCGCGGUGGAGCUGGCCGUCUCCUCGCUCAUCGUGCGCAGCAGGCACCGCCUGGCGCGCAGCGCGCUGGGCCGCCUGUACGGUCUGUCGUACGAGGUGUUCACGGCCAUGAGCGGGGUGCAGGCCAUGGCGCUGCAGCGCACGCUGGCAGCUAGCUACGAGCCUCUGGCGCAGGCGUACUUCCGCGCCGCCCAGGUGCUGGCCGCCUGGCUGGCCACCCACCAGCUCUACCUGCAGGCAGUCUUCUCGGCCAUGAUGCCAGGCAAGGCCGCGUGGGGGGUGCCCGCUCGCCUCCCCGUGCGCGAGAGCGCGUGGCUCGGAUGCAUGCCCAGCCCUGUGGUACUGCUGUACAUCGGCGGCGACCAGCUGCUCAACGGCGCCAUCGAGGUGGGCUCCCUGUACGCCAUGCUGCGCUACACCGGGGUGGUGGAGCAGGGGCUGACGGCUCUGUCCGAGGCCGUGGCGCGCUUCUUCGCCUCCUACGGCAGCCUGGAGCGUGUGAUCGACCUGCACCACCGCGGCCAGCUGACAAAUAAGGGCAAGCCGCCGGCGCUGGAGGAGCUGGAGAAGGAGGAGGCGGCACGUGCGGCGGCGGCCAGGCUGGAUGCCCGGCCCAAGGCCCCGCCCGGCGCCCCUGUGGUGGGCCACGGUGCCAAGGGCAGUGCCGGCGGCAGCGGCGAAGACAGCUGCUCGGACGAGGGUCUGUUCAAGGAUGCAGAGGCGGGGUCCGCGCCGCCGCCGGCCGUCCUGCGGCUGACGGGAGAGGCGUGGACGGGCGGGGUGCGGGCGCAGGACAUCAUCUUCAGCUACCGGAGCCGGCCGGGCGAGGUGCUGUUUGGCCUGAGCCUGGAGGCAGCCCCCGGCAAGGCGGUGCUUGUGUCUGGAGACACGGGCGCCGGGCGCAGCAGCCUGCUCCACGUCCUGCACCUGGACGCCCCCGCCGGCGGCGGCAGCGUGCAGUUUGGCUGCGGCGCGCCCCGCCGCUGGCUGCCCUUCCACCCCACCACCAGCGACCGCUGCGACCUGCAGCGCCACAUGGGCUGCCUCACGCCCGCCUCCUGCGCCAUCUUCUUCGCCUCGGUGCAGGAGAACCUGGUGUGCGGGGCCCAGGGCAGCGACAUGCCCAGCGUGGCGGACUGCCAGGAAGCGGCUGAGCUGACGGGGCUGGACGCGGAUGUGAGGCGGCUGCCAGACGGCUUCCAGUCGCUGGUGGGGGAGGCCAGCCGGCUGGAGCUGACGCCCACGGCCCGCCUGCGCCUGGGCCUGGCCCGCCUGCUGCUGCUGGGCUCGCCGCCGCCCCGCCUGGUGCUCAUCGACGACGCAGACAGGUUCCUCACCGCCUCGCCGCGCCUGCCAGAGGUGGUGGCGCGGCUGCGUGCGGCGGGAGCCGCGGUGGUGCUCACCGUGCACUCGGGCGGCGUGCGGCAGCUGCGGGCGGCGCUGGCGGCCGACGUGCGCUGGCUGGUGCUGGAGCGCGGGCGGCUGCGGCCCGGCGACGAGCAGCAGCAGGGCAGCGACUGA